CGCAACAACGAUCCAACACCCCAAGCCCAUCAUCACCAUGGCCCCCCGACUCAUGGGGCUGCCCACGCAGCUUCAAAAGUUUAUCGCAAGGCCGUUCCAGGCGUCACCGCUAGCAUUCCUCGUCCCGCAAUUCCAGCAGCGCGGCGCGCACAUCCUCUCCUCGCUCUCCGACAAUCCUUCGGCCUACAACAAGCGUAUCCGCCGCGGUCGUGGUCCUGCUUCCGGCAAGGGUAAGACUUCCGGUCGUGGUCACAAGGGUCAGGGUCAGCACGGAAAGGUCCCUGCCGGUUUCAAUGGUGGUCAGACCCCCGAUAUUGUUGUCCACGGAGAGCGUGGAGAAAAGAACCUCUUCGCCCUUGAAAUGGCCCCCGUCAACCUCGAACGCAUCCAAGACUGGAUCGAUCAAGGCCGCAUCGACCCAACCCGCCCAAUUACCGUCCGCGAACUGACCAAAUCCCGCUGCAUCCACCAGCACAAAGACGGCGUGAAAGUCCUCGGCGGCGGCGAGGGGAUCCUGAAACAACCAAUCCACCUAGUCGUAUCCCGAAUCUCCUCAUCGGCAAUCACCGCCAUCGAAGCGGCCGGCGGAUCUGUCGCCACGCGCUUCUACACACGUUCCGCAAUCCGGCACAUCAUGGCUAAGGAGUCGCACCCCUUCAUCUCGAUGGCGUGGGCGGCUGAGAGCGGGUCUCAGGAUCUAUUGAAGGCGGAUGGAGCCCCUGAGGAGCUGAGCGAGGCGAAUGUGAUGAAGGAGCGUGGGUUCCGGUAUAGGCUGCCUGAUCCGACGCGCAGACGCGAUAUUGAGUAUUACCGUGACCCUGCGCAUCGCGGCUACUUGAGUCAUUUGCUUAAGCCGAUGGAAGGACCCAGUUUGUUCUUCCGCUCGCCUGAGGAGCGGAAGUCUACUGCUGGUGUUAAGAAGGAGAAGGUUUUGCCGGAGAACAGGCUCUGGUAG